UGCUCUGGACAGCCUUACAAUGAAAAAAGUGAUAUGUGGGCGCUGGGCUGCAUUCUUUAUGAAAUGACAUGCUUGCAAAAAGCAUUUGAAGGGGAAAAUCUUCCUGCACUCGUGAAUAAAAUUAUGACGUGCCAAUACGCUCCUGUACGAGGUCCAUAUACAACAGAAGUCAAAGUUCUGAUUCGGGAAUUACUUCAGCUUGACCCAGCAGCUCGACCAUGUGCCGCGGACGCUCUUCGUGUAAUGCUUCGGCCGCAGAUUAGGGCACCUAGCAUAAGCUCACAACUUGUACGUCGCGCAACAAGAUCCACUUUGUACAAAUUAGAUCCGAGCUCGAUUAUACUUCGACCUGUAGAGGAUCUUCCAAAGAAGAUUGUUAUAAAGAAGAUUGCCGUGAGCUGCACACAUACCAUGAUGCUGAGCUUUGACAAUGAGGUAUUCGCAUGGGGUUGGAAUAAUUAUGGCCAGUUGGGUUUAGGUGAUACUGCUGAAAGGUAA